AUCAACUCUAAAUCAAAUUUAUGCCUAUAAAUAUGUAAAAAUUAUGACUACUUCCUCAAACACUUUCCUACUACUUUAAACAUACCACUCCCACACCUUCUUUAUCCUAACAAUAAGUUCAUUAUGGUGAAGCAAAAGAUUGUGAUCAAGGUGCAAUUAAUGAACACCACAAAAGCAAGGUCCAAUGCCAUGAAGAUUGCAGUUGGAAUGUUGGGAGUGGAAAGUGCAGCUAUUGGAGGAAAUAACAACGAUCAAAUUGAGGUGGUUGGAGAUAUGGACCCAGUUAUACUCACAAAUCUACUAAGAAAGAGAUUUUGUCGUGCAGAAUUGUUGAGUGUUGGUCCUGUAGAAAAGAAAGAGAUAAAGAAAGAAGAAAAGAAAGAAGACAAGAAAGAAGAGAAAGUUGUGCCAUGUUCAUGUCCUCCUUAUUAUGCUUACCCUGCUCCUAUCCCAAUGUGUGUUGCAUAUCCAUGUGAGGAACCUUCUCCUUGUUCCAUCUUGUGAUUAAUGUCAUCAAGAAUGGUCAUAAUAAUUUGUUAUUGUAUGGUUCUUGUUUGUUUGUGGUUUGAGUUUAGCUUGAGUUAUUUUGGUUUUGGAUAUUUGCUGUAAUAUUAUUGUAGGGUCUUGAGUUUUUGUUGGAUCCUGUUUUAAUUGCAUUUCAUACAAAGAGAAUCGAAUAAAGUUAACUAGUAACUGUUAGAUUGUAAUAUCAUAACUAGAAGUUUAGUUUGUUAGAUUGAAUAAAGUUGGUUACAACUAACUAAGUGAGUUAGUUACAACCAAGUUAGUUAGUUUGUUACUUACUUGCUUUCAAAGCAAGUGUGCUUUUAGAUUGUAUAAAUAAGGAUCAAUUGUAUCAUUUGAACUAUGGCCUAGUAGUGGAAGAAUAAAAUUUUUCUUUUCUCUUCA